AUGGACCUGCAUCGGCCCCGGUGGACCUGCCGGACCACUGCCUACGUUCACCUGGACCCGGCAGAGCUCAGUUGGAUCUCUUGUCGCUCCUCAUUCCAGCUCUGGCUGAACCCAUUUAGGUUGUUAACGUCCGAUGGAUUGUCAAGAGAGAGGCAGUUCCCUCCUGAUGAAACAGGGAAAAGAGCUCACAGAGGGGCGUCCUGGUCCUCUACAACUACGAUCUACAACUAUGGUGAACAUGUGGACUGUCAGGAGUGCAGUCUUCUGAUUGGCUGUUCUGAGUUCAUCAUGAGUGACUCGGAGCCAGAAGACUUUAGCGUUUACAGCCAGCUGUCUGAGGAGGAGCUGCUGCAUGUCAUCCUGGAGAGAAGUUUUUCUGACAAACAGAAAGACUCUGAACAAAGGCAUGCUGAUCCCGGUCCCGGCCCUGAUCCCGGUCCUAGUCCUGGUCCACCCAGACAGCAGAGGCGGGUUCCUCCAGCGCAGUCUCAACAGAACUGUGCGAACCCCCCAACGGCGCUGUCACAGUUCCUCUACAAAGGCUUUAAGAGAGAGUUCAGCCCUCUACAGACAUUUAUCAUGAACGGAGAUACAGAGGCUUUGAUGGAGCUGGUCCAACAGAAGCCCUGGUGCCUGACGGAGCCAAACCCUGAGGGCUGGGUCGCCAUUCACGAAGCUGUUUUUUACGGACAGCUGGAGUGCGUCCGAAUCCUAAUCCGAGCUAAUCCCGGCUCGGUGGACAGAUGUACUCCAGAAAAUGAAACUCCCCUGCAUAUCGCUGUUCGCGAAAACCUGUCUUUGGUCGACUUUCUUCUGAGACAUGGAGCUAAUGUGAAUGCUGCCAGCAAAUGCCUAGAGACACCCCUGUUUGCAGCCUGUGAGCAUAUGGAAGAAGACAUCGUAGAGCUGCUGCUGAAGUCUGGAGCUCAGGUGAAUCGCUUGUACAGUCAGGGAGGAAAUAUUAUUCAUGAAGCCUGCAGACAUGGAAGUGUGAACAUCUGCAAGAUGCUAUUGGACGCUGGAGCAGACAUGAACGCCAGAAACAUGUACGGCAUCCAGCCAUUCUUCAUCGCAGCUCAGCACGGCCAUGCAGGAAUCAUCAAUCUGCUGGCACAGAGAGGUGCAGAUAUAAAUGGACAGGCUGGAGAUGGAGCUUCGCCUCUCUAUGAAGCCAGCAAGAACGGUCACAUCCCCGCAGUGAUGGAGCUGCUGCAGCUGAAAGCCGACGCCAACCGAGCCAACAAAUCGGGUCUGCUGCCUCUACAUGUGGCUGUCAGGAACAACCACCCACGGAUCGUGUCGCUGCUGAUCCCAGUCACAAGCAGGACCAGAGUCCGGAGGUGUGGCCUCAGUCCUCUGCACAUCGCUGCAGAGAGAAACCGAGACACAAUCAUGGAGCUUCUGAUCGAGUCUGGCUUCGACGUCAACGCUAAGCUGUCAGAUGAACGCUCCAGGAUGUACGUGGACAAGCGGAGCACUGUGCUCUACACCACCGUCUAUAACGGGAACUUUGAGGCUGCAGAGAUGCUGCUGGAGGCUGGAGCCAACCCCAACCUUGACAUCUUCAACCCACUGCUCAUCGCUGCCCGGUUCGGCUGGGUGGACAUGGCCGAGCUGCUGGUGAGGUACGGCGCCGACGUGAACGCUCGGAUGUCCACACAGCCGUCCUUGUUCCCGGCUGCCAUCCUGCUUGGCAUGCAGUCUCUGCGCAUGCUCAAACUGCUGCUGGACCACGGCUGUGACGCCCGGCUCUGCUUUGACUGUCUGUAUGGACAGAAACCACACCCACCCGCCAGGCCACAACGACGUCCUAUAGAACACCUGCAGUCGCACGAUGAUUCACUGUCAAAGCACUGCAUCCAGUACUGUGAGGCCAUCUCGACCUGCCGGAUGUCCGGUCCCAUUACCAAGAUGCUGUUGGACUACGUUGGUCACAUCCGGCUCUGCUCGCGGCUGCUUGCGAUUCUGGAGGGUCUCAGUGAAUGGGCAGACAUAAAACUCAAAGCUUAUCCUCCUCAUCCUUUGAUGCAACUCUGCAGGCUGAAGAUCCGACAGCUGCUCGGAAUCAGACGACUCAGACAUCUCCACACUCUGCCGAUUCCCAGCAGACUCAUUCGCUUCCUGCAGUACGAUGUCAGGGGUUUUCUCAGCUGAAGUCACCUGAUACAGCCUAGUCAACCCACCUGAUGAGGAUAAUAACAUUAUAAGAUGAUAUGAACAACACCAAACACCUGAAACUGUUGGUUCUGGUCCAGUUGUCUGUUCACUGUCACCAGAACCAGAAUGGGAUUAAGAGCAAAAAGUCAUAAAAAGGUGUUUUGACAUGAACUUCAAUGCAACUACAAUCUAACUUCACAUUGCUCAGCGUCAAACUGAAGCUCACCUUAGGCAGUAGCUAAAUGUAACAUGUGAUUUUGUAAGUCAGUCGGAAUCACAGAGUCAGAGAGUCAUUCUUUGAAAGUUUUCAUGGUGUUGCAACAACUUUUAAGGCAAGGCAAGGCAAGUUUAUUUAUAUAGCACAAUUCAACACAAGGUAAUUCAAAGUGCUUUACAUCAACAUUAAAAGCGGCAAGACACAAUUUAAACAUAAAUAACAAAUAAAAUGAAAUAAAAUGAUAAGAAAAGAGGUAAAAUAAUAGAAAAGCACAAGUUGUUAAAAAGUAAGGGCAGUAGAGUCCAGCAGGUACACAGUGAUUUGGGAUGCCUCAAUUCCCGGGCCUCUAACCCAGCUUUAUCCGUACACC